AUGGCCGCACGCUCUGCUGCUACGAACAUCGCCAAACAAGGCUCCCGCACCCUCGCAACCGCUGCCAAUGCCGCCAAACCGCCAACCGCUGUCGUGAUGAUGAACAUGGGCGGACCCAGCACGGUCCCUGAGACUGGCGACUUUCUCUCGCGACUCUUCCACGAUGGCGACUUGAUCCCCCUUCCCUUUCAAUCAACCAUCGCGCCGCUCAUCGCCAAGCGACGAACACCCAAGAUUGAGAAGCAGUACGAGGCGAUUGGCGGCGGCUCACCCAUUCUUCGCUGGACGCGGGUGCAGGGCGAAGGGAUGGCCAGACUCCUCGAUGAGCUCUCGCCCGAGACGGCGCCUCACAAGGCCUACGUCGCUUUCCGCUAUGCCAACCCGUUGACCGAGACGUGUCUCGAGGAGAUGAAGCGCGACGGCGUCAAGCGAGCGAUCGCGUUCACCCAGUACCCGCAGUACAGCUGCUCGACCACCGGCAGCAGUCUGAACGAGAUGUGGAAGCAGAGCGUCGACUUGGGCAAGGGCAAGGGACAGGAGGGACAAGACGAGAUCCAGUGGAGCGUCAUCGACCGGUGGGGCGUGCACGAAGGCUUUGUCGACGCCGUCGCGCGCAACAUCGAAGCCUCGCUGCAAACGUACCCUCCCGAAGUCCGCGACUCGGUCGUCCUCCUCUUUUCCGCCCACUCGCUCCCGAUGUCGGUCGUUAACCGCGGCGACCCCUACCCAUCCGAAGUCGGCGCCUCCGUCUCGGCCAUCAUGGCGCGCCUGGGCAACCGCAACCCAUACCGGCUCGUGUGGCAGAGCCAAGUCGGCCCGUCAGCGUGGCUGGGUCCGCAGACGAGCGACGCAAUCAAGGGUUUGGCGAAGAAGGGCCACAACGACAUGCUCCUCGUCCCCGUCGCGUUCACGUCCGAUCACAUCGAGACGCUCUUCGAGUUGGACCUCGAGUACCUGGAAGAGGCGAAGGAACUCGGCCUGACGGGUGUCAAGCGCGUCGAGUCGCUCAACGACUCGCCCUACUUCAUUCGCGCCCUCGCCGACAUCGCCGCCGCCCACAUCAAGUCAGGCAAGACGGUCUCUGCGCAGCUGGGUUUGCGGUGCCCGGGGUGCACGAACGAAAAGUGCGGGAAGCAGAAGGCGUGGUUCAAGAGCUUUGCGGACAAGGCGCAGCAGCAGGUGUCGGCGUAG